ACCGUGGAUACUUCGUUCUGUAGAGGUUAAAUUCAAAUAUUUCGCCGGUGUUAAACGGCCUUCCCAUAUGGUCUAGCGGUUAGGAUUCCUGGUUUUCACCCAGGCGGCCCGGGUUCGACUCCCGGUAUGGGAACUAAUACUUUUGCCACGUUACCCCCAAAACAUUUCGGGCAGUUUGUCCAUACCGAAUCUCUAACAUUUAAUCUGCUUUGGGAGCAUUUAUUAAUCGAUAAAUGGGCUGCAUUUCAGCUGUAGCUCAUUUGAUGUAGCUACUGCACUCUAUAUUUCCAGGGAAGCUAACAGUAGACCCCGCCCGUUGAGGAGUUAUCCUCAGUUGCUCUCAUCUCACAAGGGUUUGGACCUUCCCGGAAGAUGCCCAUUUUCCACUUAUAUCUCUCUGUGCAGAACACUUAUCGUAGCCUAACGUAGUACCGGGAAAAGCAAACUCGACUCAAAACUAACACUAGCUUGCUCUUGCCCUUAACUUAUCUGUACUAAAUCGUGGUAAAAUGUUAACAAAAUUGGCUAUAAAGUGACACCUGUGAACGCGUUUACUAAACAUUAGCGGUAACGAUUUGUCGAAAACAUUACCAGAUACCAAUUUUUUUACUUUUUUUUUUGCUUUGGAUUACACGUAGAUAUAACAAAUAUCGAUUGAGGAUAAAAUAUUUUUUUGAUCAUUAUUUACUUUUUAAGCAAUUUGACAUGGCGCGGACACUUUUUCUUUUAACCCACCAUCGUCCCUCGAUGCUUAUUGCUCAACUGUGAAACCAGUCCUUUGGUUUAUACUACCAGGCUCCAGCCAAACUUUGGUACCGGGCCAAUCAUUUCCCAGGAAAAUGUGACUGCUAGGAAUUCCCCACGCAUCAACCCCUGCCGGAGAAAACUGCAACCUUGUGUCAGGAAGCUCACGAAAGCAGCAGCAGGAGGGUAAAAAGCUGACCGGUGACUGUGCGAUGAUGGAGCUAUAGUACCGUUUUGUCUCCGGGGAUAAUAAGGCUUUUCUAACAUCGCUGCGUUUUCAUGAAGACAGCCACUAAACUGCCUGUUUAAAACCAGGGGAUACAGUAUGCUGUGCUGAUGAUAACUCCAACCAGGGUGUAGAUGCUCCAGGCGCAGCGGGACCCAGCCUCCGUGUCAGAGAGAGACGAGGCUGCUCCCACCUGGGCCACAGCACUCCUCUGAAACUCGGCUCGUGGCCUCUCUCUCCAACCGCCCAGAUUGGAGAACAGGAGGACGACGACAGGGAAGCCAUUUUGUGAGGUGAAGCUGAGUGUCAGGAGCCAGGAGGAGUCGUAGCCGGGAUAUUUUAGGCUGCUCUCUGCACUCUGAACCCAACAUGACCACUGCAGUGCAGCCCAGUGAACUGGUGUUCGAAUUCGCCAGCAACGGGAUGGACGAAAUCACUCAGGUCUGCAGUUAUCUCAUCCCCACAACCGUGUCUGAAUCCUGUGGAGCAGGAUUGAUUCUGGACGACCCGUCAGUAUUCCCUGCUGUGAUUGUUGAGCAGGUCCCUUCAGCCGAUCUGCUGCAGGUCUACUCGGGCCUGGAGUCCGACGAGGUGACCAACGGCAUCAUGGUGGACACCACUCUCCACGUGGUGGAGGAGCCGUCCAUCCUGGUGGGCGGGGUCGACCUCACAGAAACAACAGUCUCUGGUGCAGAGGACAGCAUGGAGACAAAUGAAGCUGCAGCAGCUCUUCUCAACAUGGAAUCUCCAAACAACAUUUUGGACGAGAAGCGUAUGAUUCACAGCUACGGCUCUCUGCCGGAGUUAGACUUGACAUACGCCCAUCUGAGGCCCGACCAGAUGGAUAAUGGCGCCCUUGACAUGUCCCUAGAUGAGGACACUUCAUCCAUGGAUGAGAUACCCCAAAAGUGCCCCUUAAAACCUCAGAGAAAAACCAAAGUGCGGAAGCCACGGGCGGUGCGGCCCUGCUCCCCUAUCACCACCCCUAACCUGCCACUCAGGAAGAAGAGCAAAGAGGGCAAAGGCAACACGAUCUACCUGUGGGAAUUCCUUCUGGCUUUACUGCAGGACAAGAACACCUGUCCCAAAUACAUCAAGUGGACGCAGCGGGAGAAAGGCAUCUUUAAGCUGGUGGACUCAAAGGCUGUUUCAAAGCUGUGGGGCAAACACAAGAACAAGCCCGACAUGAACUAUGAGACCAUGGGAAGAGCUCUCAGGUACUACUAUCAGAGAGGCAUCCUGGCCAAAGUGGAGGGACAGCGGCUGGUCUACCAGUUCAAGGAGAUGCCAGCUGACUUGGUGGUGAUUGAGGAUGAAGACGCAGGCUCUGAUGUCACCGUCGGCUACGGGAGUCAGAGACCUAGCAACGGGCGCUCCAUGGUCCGUGGAGGGUCGAAAGGACACGGGAGAGCUCACAGUCAACACCAUGUGUCUCUGAAGCACAUGAAGAAGGAGCCUCAUGAUGAAUAUCUGUACCAGGACUCCAACGGCGGAGACACUGAGCAGCUCCUUCACUCUGUCCAUAUGCUGCACAACAACCAUGGGUCAACUGUCCAACAUCAAACUAUGAGGGCCAUGACUGCUCCCACAUCGGUUCCUAUGGUCCUGACUUCACCCGGCUCUCUCCAGUCGGUCCCCCUCACCACUGUUCUGGCCAACGGGGACUCCUGCCACUCCUCCCCGCCUCGGGUUAUUCUCCACACCAUGUCCCCCACCACAGCAGGCGGUAAAGAUGUGCUCACCAUCCAGACGGCCUCUCUAUCAGGUGGAGCCAACAGCCUGCAGGACGGCCUCCCUCAGCACCUCCUGGUCACCAGUCUGGGCUCCUCCACCUCUUCCUGUAGCACUUCCCCUCCAGGAGUCAUUAGUUCCACCGCCUCCAGCCUCAACGGUCUCCCUCGCCUGGUCACCAUCAACACGACCUGCGGGCAGACCAUGGUGGCACAGCAGCCCGGCACCGUAAUUGCAACCGUGCUCAAAUCCAGCGACCUCUCGGGGCUGCAGGUCAAAGAGGAAAUGCUGGACCCCAGUUACUUCCAGUCGAUCGUGAACGGCGAUCCAUCACUGGCGGCAAAUACGUUUGCAAAGGAAGAGAUUGAGGUAGGGGAGGCAGAGCUGCAGUACAGGACUGUGAUCAUUGAUACCAGUCAAAGUCAGGGCCACGAGGCUGUGAGUGAAACUAUAAUUAAUGGACAUUUCUCACAGAGCAGUAGCCCCAGCGAGGGCCUGACCCCUGUGGAGGAGCUGGAAGUGCGUGGGGAGAUGUCCCUGCAGCCUGAGCAGGGAAUCAAAGGCCUGCAGGAGCUGCCACUGUCAGUCCAAUUGCCUGCAAACUUUAUCCAGAUAAAGACAGAGCCUGCAGAGGCUUAGAGCUGCGGGAUACAAGCUGAACCAAAAACAACAAUUGAAUCCAUUUUGACCACAGACUUAUUGUUUUUCUUCUCGUACCACAGUGAUCUGAUCAAAGAUCAGAGUGAGGGAUCCCGCUGCGUGUGUUGCCCUUAAAGGUUGGUCAGUUCAGCCUCAGGAUUUAUUGUUUACUCACAUAUUUUGUGACCAGUGCCUAAUUUUAAAAAUCAAGGGAGUGUUUCAUUUGUCUUAAGUCACUUUUCCAGAAUUGGAAUUUAUUUUCCACAGACAUUGCCCAACACGAACACACAAACAUACACAAACACACACA